AUGCAUUUCCCUCUGCAAGCCCUUGCCCUUGUCUUGCUCUCAGUCACAGGCGCUUUUUCCGACUUCCUCACUCCAACAUACCCUCCGCCAACUGAUUUGACUAGUGACAAAAGCCUUCUGUCAAAAGCCUGGAAGAACAUCACCGAGACCCUCGAUGGCUACCUAAAGCAAAAUCAAACGUCAGCGUCAGGUCUUCUUGCGGAAGCAGGUAAUGUCACCUUUUCCCUUGGCAUGUUUUCGAUAUAUGAUCCUGCCGCCGCAAAGCUUCAAUAUCACCAUACAGCUCCUGAAGUUGCCAAUGCGAAACAAGGAGUUACAAAAGUCGACGGAGACAGUGUCUACAAAAUCGCCAGCGUCACCAAGCUCUUCACAGCCUUCGCGGGCAUGAUCGAGUUGUCCGAUGAGGAUUGGGAUCGCCCUGUCAGCCAAGUAGUCCCUGGGCUGGCGGAAUAUGUUGCUCAGACUGCGAGCGAUCUAGAUCCCGUGUACACGACCCAAUGGGACAAAAUCACUCUUUGGGCGCUUGCGUCUCAACUUGCAGGUAUUACACAAAUAGGGUGGCCUGUUUCCGAUGCACUUUUUGUAUCUGCUCUUGCGGCAGCUGCUGGCUCGAAGGAGUCUUCCGAUCCAGUGACAAAAUAUGGCUUCCCACCUCAGGACCUUAGCGUGCUAGGACCUUGUUCAAAUAUCUCAAGUACUGCUGUUUGCUCCCCUGGAGACUUUAUCGAGAGCAUCCGAACCUUGCCACCAGUCUUUCAGCCGUGGACCAGUCCAGCCUACAGUGACGAAGGCUUCAUGUUACUUGGACUUGCAAUCUCCAACAUUACUGGCAAGACCAUAGAUACGAUCUACCGCGAAGCGAUCUUCGAGCCCCUCGGUAUGGCAUCGUCUAACUCUUCUAUCCCCACCACAGACACCCAGAUUGCUCGUUAUGUGUUCGCUGGUGAUGGGUCUGGUGGGGUGCUCUUCGAUGGCGGCUUCACGAUCCCCUCCGGCGGCCUCUUCUCCACAAUCAACGACCUCGCCAAAUUCAGCACUGGUGUUCUUAACUCUACACUCCUCCCUUCCGAAGUGACCCGUAGGUGGAUGAAACCGAACGCCCACACCGCAAGCCUUACUUACUCUGUUGGCGCUCCUUGGGAGAUCAUCCGUUACGUCGACCCAUCUUCAAACGGGACCAUAGAUAUCUACACCAAAACAGGCGACUCUGGCAGCUAUGGUGGUACUGCUGCCCUCAUCCCCAAAUACGGUGCAGGCUUCAAUCUCCUCGGUGCCAGCGGUAACGAAACUCUGCGCAGCGCUAUUGACUUUGCAAUCCUUGAUCUUGUGACUGAGACAGUUUUACCUGCAUUGAGAGCACAAGCCGCUGCGGAAGCCAUAAAAAAUUAUGUUGGCACAUACGCUUCCACCGAUGUGAAUUUGAAUUCUUCCAUCACCAUCUCUCACAACGAAUCUACCAUCAAGGGGGCCGAUCCAGCACUUAGCAUAUCCAAUUGGAUCUCCAACGGCACAGACGUACUUGCCUCUGCUUUCUUCGACGGCGUUAAGCCUCGGUUGUUGACAUCAUACCUGAAAGAAACUAGUGGAGAAGGACGAGUGGCGUUUCAAGCUUCGACUAGGCUACAGACCAACAGCUACGCAGUCGGAGGAGUCCCGGGCAACGGGGCCUUUUCUGGAUCGUAUGGAGUAGACGGUGACUGGUAUUAUGUGGAUCAACAGCACUAUGCUGGGCGGGGCGUCAAUUUGUUUGUGUUUGACGUUGACGGUCAGGGGAAAGCUACGGCGGUGAGCCCGGCUGCUGCGAGGGUCAAGCUCGAAAGAAAGGAUUAG